GGGGGGCUUGCCGGUCAGUCUCCAACCCGAAGGAUGCAGGGCCCUUCUCGCCAACGCCGAGUAUACGUUACCCAGGAUGAAGGCUUCAUGACAGCUCCAUGGGCAUCUGCGCGGGGUGAGCGGGCAGGGUAUGGUGUGACGGCAGAGGACGAUCAAAAUACCAGACACUCCAAGAUUCUGCUAGCUCAGAAGGAGAUCUGGCUUUGGUCCACUCUGGGCGGUCAACGCCGUUCGCAGGAAGACGCUCACUCGAGACAGUCGAUGACCAGACCAGGGGGGGGGGCACUUUAGCCCCAACAAGUGGAUGUUGGACUGGGUAUCAGUUGGAAAGGCGGGAAACAAAAUUGUAGCAUCAUCUCACUGCCUGUUACUUCUGGGGCCGCGCCUUUUCCGACGCAGAGGUCUCUUCGGCAUUGAUUCGAGUGUUAAAGUCCUCCUCAUUGCCGGAGCUUCCUCAGCCGGCCAGGUGGGCUCCAGGAGAAAACAAAGCUCCUCGGGUGCGAGUGUUGCAUUGGGGAGAGGAACAGGUUUCCUCCCACCCCUGUAACUAAUGGGCGCACCGUGGAGCAUGAGAUGCCGGAAACUUAUCCUAUAUCUGUAUGGCGGUUCAGCCCUGGUGGCGGAUGCCUUACAUUUCUAGUUUUUCUUUCGAGGCUGCCCUGUUCACUCAGCUGGUGGUUCUCUGCUCCUUUGUCAUAUGUCUACUAUCUAGUAUUAAAAAGAAAAACAAUUGAGCCAAC